AUGGGGAGACUAGCUAUCACUCUUCAAUACUUGGUGACUGGUGAUUCAAUGCAGACAAUUUCAUUCAAUUAUCGUGUUGGUCACUGUACCUUAUGUGGUAUAAUUGGCAUUUCAUGUGAUGCUUUAUGGGAAGCCUUCUCUCCAGAGUAUUUACAAAGUCCUACCAUUAAACUAGAAUGGAAAAUGUUAGUUAAGGAUUCGACAAAACCUGGAACCUUCCCAAUGUGUUGGGUUACAUUACAUGCUCAGUGUGAAAUAAGCCUUAAUGGUGCUGAUAUAAUGAAGGAUGUCACAGAUGUCUACUUGUUCUUUGUGGAUGUCUCUACCAGUGGCCAAAUGAUUAAUCUGAUUUCUAUUUUCCAGGUGUCACUCCCAGCACCUGAGAGUACUGAUAGCACAAGUAGUGUGGUCAAUGCUGAUGCUAACAUUGACAUUGAUCUUGGUGUCGAUAUUGUGGUCAUAUGUGAAGAAGACAUGAUAAUAGUCAGCAAUGUGAACUAUUUGCUUGAAGAACGUUUGAAGAUGCAGAAGUCUAUUGCGGAAUUACGGAAAACAAAGGUACGACUGCAUAACACCAAACUGGGUAUAACUACAGUGUGGGAUAUGAAUAAGUUUGAGUUACGUCUGGAGCAAAUGAGAGAACUCUAUGAGGGUGACUGCGAAACAGAUUCUGAUGAUUUGUUUUAUGACCCUGAAGAUAAUUGGGAAAAAGACUUGACUUUUUCUCCAACCCCUCCAUCUAGAAUUCGCUCUGUAAGCCAACGAACAGUUUCAACACCAAAGUUACAAGAACUUCCGCCAACAGUGCCAAAAUCAUUACAAGAACUGUUAACAUCACAAGUCAGCUCAUCACCUCUAUCUUCAAGCAGGAGGUGUGUGUCUUCGGAGAUUGUCAGCACUCCUGUAAGUGAAGUGAGUCAGUCUUCAAUGUCUUCACGACUAGACAACCUGGAUGAAACAUUUUUGAAGGAUUUAUUGAAAGAUAUCCCUGCUGUUCCUACCAUUUGUAGAACUAUUAUGUCGGCUGCCCUCUCUCACCUAGAUGGAGAUGUUACGAUAACCAGGCAGAGAACAUUUGCUGACAGAGUUCUAGAGCAGUGUCAGAGUUUGAAAGUUGCAGCUACAACAGUCUUACAGUCAUUUGAUAGUCAUUUGUGUACUGGAAGGGUUCCAUUCUGUGAGACAAGUGAAGUUCGGGGUCAUUGUAUUCAGUCAAGUGUUGCUCUAGAGCUUAUGGUUGACCAAGCUGUUCAGUGGACAACAGAACAGGGAGAAAGGGACACAGAGUCUAAAUUGACAAGAGAGCUGAAAACUAGGCUAAAAGAUACAACAAGAAGAGUUGGUGUAAACAUGGCAAGGUUGAUGCAGCACUCGGGGCAUACCUACCUGAAUACUGACAACAAUCUAAAGUGA